AUGAAUCUAGAUGCUUCUCGUAGUGAUGCUGGUGCUACUGCUGGUGCUAGUGGCGGUUUCGGUUUGGGUGCUGCUACUGAUGCUGGGAUUGAUAGUGCUGCUCCUGGUGUAGGUACGGUUGGGAGCGGUGGCAGCAGUGGCCUUGGGAUUGCCGAGAUGGGGCUGGAUGGAGGGUCAGGAUGGGCGGAUCUCGGUGUAGAGGAGUUUCUGCGUGGUUUAGAUGGGCUUGAUAACGCGUUUGUAGAGUUAGAAGAUAUGUUUCCUGUGGCGAUCGCGCCCACUCCUCCCCUUGAGGCUCCUGCUUCCGCCCCUUCUGCUGCAGCUGGCGGCGGUGCUGGUGGUAGUGGCGGAAAUGCUUUUGACGAUAUGAUGGUGGAUGAUAUGGGUGGAGCAGAAGCAGGAGCAGCAGGAGCAGGAGCAGCACCAGGAGGAGACCCAAUCGCCCUCCUCGUCUCAGUCGCCAAGGCCAUCGUCUCAGGCGACCAGGCACGCGUGCAUCAGCUGCUAUCAAGCCUUAAUGAAGUGGCUUCAGUCUACGGGACGGUUACUCAGAGGCUCUCGGCGUAUUUUCUUGAAGGGCUGAUUGCUAGGGUUGCCGGGGCUCCGCCGAAGCACUCCCCGAACCUGUUUCACAGGUUUGAUGCGAGCUCCGGGGUUAUGGGGAGGUUUGGCGGGGAGGAACGGGCGGGAGGAGCGGAAAGGGGGGAGGAGGAGGAGUGUAGGGAGGGGAGAGGGGAAGGGGCGGGUUUUGGUCAAGGGUAUGCAGCUGCAGGAGGGGAUGUGGGGGAGCAAGGGGAGGCGUUUCUAGACAAGGGAGGGCCGUUUUCAGACCAGGGAGAGCAAGGAGGGCCGUUUCUAGAGCAAGGAGAGCAGGGAGGGCGGCCGUUUGAGCAGAGGCAAGAGGCGGGGGAGUUGACUCCAGACGAAGCUGCUCUGAUUUCCAGUAGGGGGACAGUUUUUAUGUCAGGGGAAGCCACAGGGCUGGUGGUUCCCCCGCCCUAUAGGGGCGUGCCUGCUCCGGUUUCUCCCCCCAAUGUCGACUGCAACCGCACACUGCUGGAGUCAUUUCAGGUGCUGGUGAACGCAACACCCUUCCUGACCUUCGGCCAGGUCGCAGCCAACAGCGCCAUUCUCGAAGCUCUAGCGGACGAACCCCGGGUUCACAUCAUCGACUUUGGCAUCGGUCACGCACUUCAGUGGCCCGCUCUCCUGCAGGCGCUGGGUGCUCGACCCGGAGGGCCUCCCCACGUGCGCGUGACUGGCAUUGAGGUGCCUCAGUGCGGAGCCAUGUCUCCUUAUUGUGCGAUGAAGGCAGGGAAGCGACUGGAGUCAGCAGCAGCCAUGUGGGGGGUGCCUCUGCGCUACCACUGGGUGAUGUCUCGUCUCGAAGACGUCACCCCCUCAAUGCUCAACCUGCAUCCAGGGGAAGCCAUCGCUGCCAACUGUGCCCUCCGCCUCUCCCAGCUCCUCGACGAAUCAGAGCAGCCCAAUGCUGCCGCCAACCCUGCCACCGCAGCUAGCACGGUGUUCGCCAAGCCUGUUUCCGAGCCUGCUCCCGAGCCCGUUUCCGAAGUAGCGGCAGCAGCAGUCGGAGCGGAUGUGGACAGGAGGGCAGACGUGGAUGGGGCGUAUCUAGACAGGUCGUAUCUGGACGGCUCAGAUUCAAACAGGGCAUAUCUGGACGGCUCAGAUCCAGACAGGUCGUACCUGGCGAAGGCAGAUUCGGACGAAUCCCCGCGUACGAGAGUGCUGCGAACGAUCCGGAUGCUGAGGCCCAAGGUGGUGACGGUGGUGGAGCAAUACAGCAACCACUCCUCGCCCUUCUUCCUCGCGCGGUUUUAUGAAGCCCUGUAUUACUACGCUGCGCUGUUUGAAUCUAUCGAUGCGUCGCUGCCGAGAAACGAGGUCGCAAGAAGAGUGUUUGAGGAACAGGUGCUAGGCCGGGCGAUUGUGAAUCUGGUAGCAUGCGAGGGGCAAGAGAGGGUGGAGAGGCAGGAGCCGUUGGAGCAGUGGCAGCAGAGGAUGCUCAGAGCGGGCUUCAAGCCUCGAGGAUUGAGCGAAGGGGUGGUUACCACCCUGCAUGCACUGUUACAAACGUACAACAAGGUGGGGCAUGACGUGCGGAGAGUAGACGAGGCGAGCGUGGUGCUGACGUGGAAGGGCAACCCCCUAUUGGCCAUGAUGGCAUGGGAGCCGCAGGAAUGA